AUGCGGCGCCUUUCGUUGCGGACUGGAGCUUGCGUUCUGAGCUCGCUGAAAUCUCCACACCAUCGAAUUGGAGUUCAAAGUAUUGAGGGGCGACGACUAUCAGGCAUACGAGUAUUCACAUCUGGAGCUGCGAGAACCGAUAAAGUUCCCCAAUGCUCCAAACAACAAGGAUGUAACUCAGAGAUUGAACCAUCAGACAACUUAAAAGAAGAACAUCAAAAAUGUGAUCAGGAGGCUAAAACGCCCAGACAAUCAGAUGAAGAGCAACAGGAGCGUAAAACGGCCUCGCAAGCUUCACUAGCAACACUUUGGUCGAUCUUGAGUCCAGAGAAAACGCGUCUAAAAUUGGCACUGGGAUCUCUGAUAGUUUCGUCGAGCGCAACUCUAGUGAUGCCCAAGCUGUUUGGAGUCCUCGUUGAUGCAUUCAAUACCUCUGGACUGGGAACCACAAUGUCCCCCACUGAAAUUGGGCUGCAUCUGGUCGGAGCUCAAUCAGGAUAUUUGAUAGCAGCCAUUGUUAUUGGAGCUUUGGCCUCAGGAAUGCGCUUGUUUCUGUUGGAAAGUUCGUCAGAACGAAUUGCUUAUCGAUUGAGAGUUCGUCUUUUCGACAGUUUGAUGAACAAGAAGAUUGAGGUUUUUGACAGAAUUAGAACUGGAGAAUUGAUUAACAGGCUUUCAGGAGAUGUUACAGUUACGUCGCGUGUCCUUCUCGAUCUCUCAUUUGGUAUUCGGAAUAUCCUGACUGCAAUUGUUGGGACAGUCGCUAUCUUUGCAAUUGUACCAGCACAACUUGUAGCUUCUCUUGUGGGUCCUGUUGUUGGGAUUUUUGCCCUUGGAGUGGCUUAUGGGAAGUGA